AUGCCCAGCUUUAAACGGCUUCACGGCCGCGCCUUGGUUGCUACUGCUCCGGUUUACUGCUCCGGACCAGCUGCUUCGUCGACCAUCAAGAUGACCCCUUCAACGGCUUCUUGGACAACUUACCUGUGGCGAAUCAUCCUGAGUGUGUUGGCCCCUUCAACGGCGCUGCUCCAGUUCGGUUCGUGGGCCGCUUCAGUCUUGGGUCCUCCUGUUCACGAGCUGUAUCUUCAACCACACUUCUCCGCACUGCAAAAGGCGCCAAUACAGACAGGCAUUCCCUUUGAAAUCUCAACUACCCCUGAGUUCAACUGCUUCAGUCCGAACCUUCCAAAUAUCACCAUCUAUGCGACAGGGGGCACCAUCGCUGGAUCUGCUAGUUCCGCUGACCAAACGACGGGAUAUCAAUCAGCUGCGCUGAGUGUCCAAUCCCUCAUUGAUGCGGUGCCACAGCUGUGCAAUGUUGCCAACGUGAGAGGCGUCCAAUUCGCCAACACAGACAGUAUAGACAUGAGUUCAGACAUGUUACAGGCUUUGGCGGAGCAAAUCCAGGCCGAUCUCGACAAUCCAUCUACACAGGGCGCUGUUGUGACGCACGGAACCGACACUCUGGAUGAGUCGGCUUUCUUCCUCGAUCUCACGAUCCAGAGCGAUAAGCCCGUGGUUGUGACGGGUUCUAUGCGUCCUGCAACGGCUAUAAGCGCUGAUGGACCCAUGAAUUUGCUGUCUUCAGUGACUUUGGCUGCUAAUGAGAAUGCCAGAGGCAGGGGAGUCAUGAUUGCCAUUAACGACCGCAUCGGAUCUGCUCGCUUCACGACAAAGGUGAACGCCAACCACCUCGACGCUUUUCAAGCUCCUGAUAGCGGCUUGUUGGGAACAUUUGUCAAUAUCCAGCCAGUCUUCUUUUACCCGCCAUCACGGCCCCUGGGCCACCACCAUUUCAAAUUACCGUCCCGACCUCCAUCGGCAGCAGCACUGCCUCAAGUGGACAUACUCUACGCUUACCAGGAGCUCAGUGUUGGCAUGUUCAAGGCAGCUGUUGAUCUCGGCGCACGAGGCAUCGUCCUCGCAGGCCUUGGUGCUGGAUUCUGGACUUCCAAGGGCACUGAGGAGAUCCGACGCAUAGUCCGUGAGACCAAGAUCCCCGUGAUAGUGAGCCGUCGACCAGAAGGCGGUUUCGUGGGACCCUGUCAGGCAGGAAUCGGAGCUGGUUUCCUCAACCCCCAAAAAGCGAGGAUCCAGCUCCAACUCGCGCUUGCGGCCAAGAUGGACAACGACGCCAUCCGAGCUCUUUUUGAGCACGCGGGAGUGCACUAA